AGGGAACAAAUUAGGAAAGGGGAAAAGGGAAUCGGGUAAGCAUAGUUCUCCAUUGCAACCCUAACAGAGACAUCUUCAUCAACAUUCUGUGCUCCAGCCUCGGAGACCUUCUCCAGCAGUAGUAACAACUCUGUCUACAUCAAAUUUGGGUGUAUUUCAUAUCAAACGUUAACUCGUCUCACUAACGUCAUGAAAUCAUCCCAAUCGGAGACUUCUCCAACUCAAUGCAUUUGGUCGAAACUUCAGUCAGCUUUGACAGGUUGAGCUCAUCAGGUAGCUAAUACCACUGUCAAAAGCCUUAGGAAACAGCUACAUCAAUCUGCCUCAGGUCAUGGCUGGGAAGCGAGUUAUAGCCAUAUGUCAGUCAGGUGGUGAAUUUGAUACUGAUAGAGAUGGUUUCCUUUCAUAUAAAGGCGGAGAUGCUCAUGCUAUGGAAGUGGAUGGAAAACUGGAAUACAAUGAUUUCAAGAUGGAGGUUGCCGAGAUGUUUAACUGCAGCCUUGCUACUAUGUCAGUUAAAUAUUUUCUCCCUGGAAAUAGGAAGACACUUAUAACAAUCUCCAAUGACAAAGACCUUAAGCGCAUGAUCAAAUUCCAUGGCGACUCUGAUACUGCAGAGAUCUAUGUGAUGACUGAAGAAGCUGUUGAUCCUGAUUUCUCAAACAUGCAUGGCAGUAGGUCAAGCAGGACGACUUUAUCAGAAAUGGCUGUCCCAGUUGAAGCUCCCCUGAGUGUUGUAGAGGAUAUCGUGGAUGAUCCCAAUGAGUCUGGCCUCUUGCUUGAUGCCAAUUUUGAUGUCGUAGGUGAUACAAAUAAUAUUGAUGACACAAUUACGAUAGGAUCUGAAUUGCCUGUUCCUAUUUCAUUUGCUGCUGCUAAUUAUGAUGAGAAGAAUGCUAAAGCUGCUCAGCAGUGGCAGAAUGAUAUAACUGGCGUGGGCCAAAGGUUUAAUAGUGUACAUGAAUUUCGUGAGACAUUGCGAAAAUAUGCUAUUGCAAAUCAAUUUGCUUUCAAGUAUAAGAAGAAUGAUAGUCAUCGAGUGACUGUAAAAUGUAAAGCAGAGGGCUGUCCAUGGAGAAUUCAUGCAUCAAGAUUGUCAACCACCCAAUUAAUCUGCAUUAAAAAAAUGAAUCCUACCCAUACCUGUGAAGGGGCCGUUGUUACUAAUGGCUAUCAGGCAACAAGGAGUUGGGUGGCUAGUAUUAUAAAGGAGAAGUUGAAAGUUUUCCCGAAUUACAAGCCAAAGGACAUUGUCAAUGACAUUCAAAAGGAAUAUGGAAUCCAGUUAAAUUAUUUCCAGGCAUGGCGUGGAAAAGAGAUUGCUAAGGAGCAGCUUCAGGGUUCAUAUAAGGAGGCAUAUAGUCAGCUGCCAUUUUUUUGUGAAAAAGUGAUGGAGACAAAUCCUGGAAGUCUUGCAACUUUCACUACAAAGGAUGACUCAAGCUUUCACAGGCUCUUUGUAUCAUUUCAUGCUUCACUCUAUGGCUUCGAACAAGGCUGCAGGCCCCUGCUUUUCCUUGAUAGUAUAUUUUUAAAGUCCAAAUACCAAGGCACUCUGUUAGCAGCAACAGCUGCUGACGGAAAUGAUGGUGUUUUUCCUGUUGCUUUUGCCAUAGUGGACUCAGAAUCUGAUGAUAACUGGCAUUGGUUCCUAUUACAGCUUAGAACUGCAUUGUCAAUGUGUCGUGGUAUUACCUUCGUGGCUGAUAGAGAGAAGGGGCUUAGAGAGUCAAUUGCUGAAAUAUUUCAGGGUGAGGAUGUCUUUCAUGGCUACUGUCUACGCUAUCUCUCUGAACAACUUAUCAGAGAUGUAAGAGGGCAAUUUUCUCAUGAAGUCAAGCGCCUUUUGGUUGAGGAUUUUUACGGUGCGGCUUAUGCACCAAAGCCUGAAGGUUUCCAGAGGUGUGUUGAAAGCAUAAGAAGUAUUUCACUAGAUGCUUACCACUGGGUAAUGCAGAGUGAGCCUAUUAGCUGGGCAAAUGCUUUCUUCCGUGGGAUGCGAUAUAACCACAUGACAUCAAACUUUGGAGAGCUUUUCUAUGGUUGGGUAUCAGAUGCUCAUGACUUGCCAAUCACCCAGAUGGUUGAUGCAAUAAGAGGUAAGAUAAUGGAGCUCAUUUAUACCCGGCGGACUGAAUCCAAUCAGUGGGUGACAAGGCUAACUCCAUUUAUGGAGGAAAAGCUAGAGAAAGAAAGCCUAAGAUUUAGUGCUCUUCAUGUGUUGAUGCCCAAUGGUACCAAAUUUGAGGUCCAGGGGGAUACCAUAGAAGUAGUUGACAUGGACAAUUGCGACUGUAGUUGCAGAGAUUGGGGGCUAACUGGCUUACCUUGUUGCCAUGCGAUAGCUGUCAUGGGUUGCCUUGGCCGUGAUCCAUACGACUAUUGUGCCAGGUACUUCACUGCCGAUAGUUAUAGAUCAACAUAUUCAGAGUCAAUACAUCCAAUUCCAAGCUUAGAAAAGCCCAAGAGAAAGGAUGCUUCUCAAGCUGCUGUAACAGUAACCCCUCCUCCCACCCGUCGUCCACCAGGGAGGCCAACGACUAAGAAGGUGGGUUCCCAUGAAGUAACUAAGCGUCAACUCCAAUGUAGUAGAUGCAAGGGUACAGGCCACAAUAAGUCAACUUGCAAAGAGGUGUUACUGGAAAGCUAAGGUCUAGAGGUUAAUGAAAAAAGCAGUCUAGCUUUGGGAGGAAUAUUGCUUUUCUUGAUCAUUCUUCCAAUCUGUAUUGCUGAGUUCUAACUUAAGUUUCUGGAUAGUUAUUUAGUUUUUGGGCGAUAAUGUAAGUGACUCAUAAACGAGGAUAUUUGAUUCUCUGUUAGUCUGGAAUGACUCCCCGUCCCCUGUUCUUAUGUAAAUGUGGUGGAUUCUGCAUUCAGGCUGUCACCUUUAGUGAUGAAAACCGUAACUUAUGAUCUGUGAAACUUAAGAGCAGUCCUUCAACUGAUUGUCUUUUUGGUACCAUUUGUUCAA